CAGUGGGGCGGCGGGGCUCGGUGGGAGCCGGGGAGCGCCAUGCGGCGGGGCGCGCUCCUGGCGGGCGCCCUGGCCGCUUACGCCGUGUACCUAGGGCUGGGCGCGCUGCUGGUGGCGCGACUGGAGGGGCCGCACGAGGCUCGGCUCCGCGCGGAGCUGGAGAUGCUGCGGGAGCAGCUGCUGCGGCGCAGCCCGUGUUUGGCCGCCCCCGCUCUGGACGCCUUCGUGGAGCGAGUGCUGGCAGCCGGCCGGCUGGGACGCGCAGCGCUCGCCAACGCUUCGGGGCCCGCCAACGCCUCGGACCCCGCCUGGGACUUUGCCUCUGCUCUCUUCUUUGCCAGCACACUGGUCACCACCGUGGGCUAUGGGUACACAACACCGCUGACUGAUGCGGGCAAGGCCUUUUCCAUUGUCUUUGCGCUCCUGGGCGUGCCGGCCACCAUGUUGCUGCUGACUGCCUCCGCCCAGCGCCUGUCACUGCUGCUGAGCCAUGCACCCUUGUCCUGGCUGAGCAUACGCUGGGGCUGGGACUCCCGGCGGUUGGCCCGCUGGCACCUGGUGGUUCUGCUGGGGAUCAUGGUGACCACCUGCUUCCUGGUGCCCGCCGCAAUCUUUGCUCACCUUGAGGAGUCCUGGAGCUUCUUGGAUGCCUUCUACUUCUGCUUCAUCUCUUUGUCCACCAUUGGCCUGGGUGACUAUGUGCCCGGUGAAGCCCCCGGCCAGCCCUACCGGGCCCUCUACAAGGUGCUGGUCACAGCCUACCUCUUCCUGGGUCUGAUCGCCAUGGUUUUGGUGCUGCAGACUGUCCGGCAUGUGUCUGACCUUCAUGGCCUCACAGAGCUCAUCCUGCUGCCCAGUCCACGCCCUGCCGGCUUCCAUGAGGAUGAGGAUGAUCGGGUGGACAUUCUGGGUCCCCAGUCAGAACCACACCAGCAACUCACCACCAGCUCCCACACCAACUAUGCCUCCAUCCCCAGGUAGCUGGGGCAGGCACCUUGAGACUGGACGGACCUAGCCUGCGGCUGAGGGACCAUGUGACUGGAACUGACAUACUAGACCCUCGUGGGCACAUGCCAGUGCUCAUGAGAGCACUGUCACCAGCUGUCCAUCCUUUGUCGUACUGUCCUGGGCUCCCCAAGCACCUGCAUUGCUUUGUUCUCCUGGCUCCUUCCCUCAUCUCCCCCACAUUCAGUGCUUCUUUGGCUUUCUCACCGUCUCUGUCUUUCCCUCUCAACAUCUCUUUUUU